AUGAACAUCAACCUGCCGGGUAUCCUAGACGCGGCCAUCCCCAAGCCGGGGGAGUCGAACCGCAAUGUGGCCGUCAUUGCCAACAACAUGAACGGGCCAAACCAUAAUGAUCCGGGUUUCCUGUCCGACGACUUUCCCAAGUCGCCACCGCGGCUCUGGAUCACUUCUGGCGACCCCGAGUUUGACUCUACUACCGUCCUGAAUGAGUGGCGCGCCGAGGGCUUUAAUGCGGAAUUCUUGCCCAUGGCGCCUGGAGCCAAGGGUCCUGGCGCCCACAAGGAGUAUCGGAUGAAGCUGGCCAGCUUGCACAAGACAUCUGGGCUGGGUCCCUGCGAGACGUUUGGUAUUGUGGCCUACGGUGAUGCUGCCAGCCAGUGUCUGGAAUACUUUCACGUUCUGGACAAUAACCCAGACUUUAAGCUCGCGCUACUGGUGGCCUACUACCCAACCAAAAUCCCAGACCCACGGGGCCGGUUCCCCGGCGGCGUUCAGGUCCUGGUUCAUUUGGCCGGCGAGAGUGUCGGCGUGGUGCGCCAAAGCCAAAUGGUCGGUAUUCAGGGUCGGAAGCGUGUCGGCAAAAAGAAGAUUGAUCGCGGCAUCGGCACUGGAAAUUUGGUGCAGAUGUCGUACUCGGCUUUUAGCUACCCAGAGGCAGACCCGGGAUUUGCAGAGACGGAUCUGGAUGCCUAUGACAAGGUGGCGGCGGAUCUGGCUUGGGAUCGCAGCCUGGCGGCGGCGAGAAAGGCGUUUAGAUGGGAUACUAAUGUAAUGGGAGUAGUGGAGGAGAAUAUGGAGAGCAAAUUCUUCGCAAAGGACGAGGCCAGGCUGAUGAAGACAUACACAACUACUCACACACCACACACAACCUUCAUGCCAACACUAGUAGGUGGCGUGGGAACCGAGGAGCUAGCACGAUUCUACGGCGACUUUUUCAUGGAAAGCAAUCCCGAGUCACUGCAAGUGACACUGAUCUCGCGGACGGCGAGCGCGAACCGCGUGGUGGACGAGCUGCACGUAUCUUUUGAGCACACACAAGGAAUGCCGUGGAUUCUGCCCGGCAUCCCGCCGACCAACCAAUACGUCGAGAUCAUGGUAAUCAGCAUCGUGACGCUGCGCGGCGGCAAGCUCCACCACGAGCACAUUUACUGGGACCAGGCAAGCGUGCUAGUGCAGGUCGGCCUACUGAACCAGAACAUGGUGCCGCGCAAGCUCAAGGAGCGCGGCGUCGAGAAGCUGCCCGUUGUCGGCAAGGAGCCGGCGGAGCGCAUCAUUGAUGGCGGUUUUGAUGACGGAGAGGGCGCGGCUGAUAACGACCUUUUGCCCGAGUUCUGGGACUACAGCGACGAGGAGGAAGGCGACUAUGACGAUGAGGACGAAGAAGGCGAGGAGGAAGAGGACUAUGACUCUGGCGACGACGAGGGCGAAGAAGGGGACGAGUCGGACGUGGAGGAGAUUCCAAGGCACGACAUAGCCGCGCAGAAAGCGAACGGGAGGAAGCCGGCAGCACCGCGCAAUAACCCGCCGUCUCCAAAAGCGAUGGGCAAGAAGCCAGCAAAUACCCAGCAGAAUGUCCAGUCUCCUCAAAAGCAAAAAUCGAAUGGCAAGGCAAACGGAAAGGCAAAUGGGAACAAACCUGCAGCGCAGAGUCAUGGGAGGGGACGUACGAGCAACGUAGCACAUCGACCCAAGAAUGCUACAGUGGAGGAGGAUUCUGAUUAA